AUGGCUACGACGUAUGCCGAAACGAGCUGGGUUACAAACAGCCAGACUUGCAUCGUGCCGGGAUGUAAUAAACCUGCUCCGAACCAGUGCUCUGUUUGCCGAUGCGUCAAAUACUGCUCGCCUGAAUGUCAGACGGCAGACUGGAAAACGCACAAGAAGCUCUGCAAGCAGUUCGAGAAGCAGCGUAUCGAUUCCAUCCAGUCCAAACUCGACGGAAUUACUGCUAUCAUAAAAAGGCAGGAGGACGAGGAGAAGAAGGCAGGGAAGAGACCGGAUAAGAGAGUCUGCACGGGUUGCAACGUUCGCUUCAGGCGAGAUUACCCUAUAGACCAGGAGUGUCCGGAUUGCGGAUAUGUUGCGUGCGAGAGUUGCUCUUGCCACCACAGUCGAGGCACUUGCGAAUGCCCCAACUCCAACUUCGGUGGUCCUUACUGCAACCGCCAGCCUGCGUGGUAUCAUGGUGGGCGCGGGGGACGCUACAGUGGCGACUACCAUCCCGAGGGCUAUAACCUCGGCCCGGAGACCGAUCCCGAUUUAUAUGAGGCUGAACCACGCACGUGCGAUAACUGUGGCGAGCGCAAGUUCUGCUUGAGUCCAGCGGGUAUCCAAGAGCUCAGUCGGAUGUACUGA